AUGAAAGAGCUAGGCAGUGUGUUGCAGAUGCAGAGCGAACCAGUGCGGAUUCAGACAUCAAAGAACACAUUGGAUCUAAGAGGAAUGCGGGCAGAAGAAGCAAUUCACCAGCUAGACAUGGCCAUAUCAGGAAGAGACUCAGAUUCAAUCCUCUUUAUCAUUCAUGGAAUGUGGACGGGCGUUAUAAAGGAGCUAGUGCUUGAGAGGUUAAGGAAGCACAGUGGUGUUUCGAGUAAAAAGGAUUAA